GAACUGCUCUGAGGCCGCUCCUUCAGCAUGGCGGAGGGCGCCGGUUCCGGGCCGCGGCUCUCGGAGCUGCUGGCAGCGGGACGGCGGCUGUGGGAGGAGGUGGAAAACGGCGAGGAACCUUCCUCGGGGGCUCCGGGCGUGCAGGAGAAGGUGCGGCAGGGGCUGGAGGCGCUGCAGCGAGCGGCCGCCAUGGUGGCCCAGCUGGAGCUCUUCAGCGAGAACGAAGACGUGGAGGAGAUCGCCUCAGCCGACCUGAAGUACCUGCUGGUGCCCGCCCUGCUGGGGGCCCUGACGCUGAAACAAGUUGACCUCAGCAAAAGGCUGCAACACCUGGAGAGCGCUCGGAGCCAUUUCUGGCGUUUCCUCCAGCUCUGCAGCAGCUACGGGCUGGGCAGCUUCUCCCUGCCCCCCGGCAGCCCCCCGGCUGAGGAAGGAGCCGGCAGCCCCGGCCCCAGCGGCCCCGCAGCCGCCCAGGCCAGCCUGGUGGCCAUGGCCUCCAACCGGCAAGCCAAGAUCCAGAGGUACAAGCAGAAGAAGGAACUGGAGAACAGGUUGGCCUCCAUGAGAAGCUGUGUGGAGAGUGGGCAGGCAGAUGAGGAUCAGAUAAGGGAAUUUCACAUCCUGCAAAUCCAGAGGUGGAUCAACACCAGCCUUGAGGAGAUUGAGAGUAUUGACCAAGAAAUUAUCAUCCUGAGGAGCAGAGGUGCAGCCAAACAGUCUCCAGCCCCAGCACACGGCACAGCUCGGCAAGUCAGAGCUCCAAUGAAACCUUUCAUUCUUACCAGGGAUGCUGCUCAGGCUAAGGUGUUUGGUGCAGGGUAUCCCAGCCUGCCCACCGUGACCGUGGAUGACUGGUACGAGCAGCGCAGGAGGCAAGGAGUGAUGCCUGGGCAGAGCCUGCCCCAGAGAGCACCUGCAGGUAUAACUGAUGAAGAGUUGCAGAAGCAGCAGCAGGAGAAAAAAGAGGAGGAGGAUGAUGAGGAAACUCUUCAAAAAGCUCGGAACUGGGAUGACUGGAAAGAUACACACCCCAGGGGGUACGGCAACCGGCAGAACACGGGCUGACAGGAACAGGGUCUGGAAAUCCUGCAAGAGUUGCCUGUGUCCUGGAGAUAUAGGAAUAAACACGCUGUACAUAGGAGGAGGGAUCCAUCCGUGGUUUCUUCUCUGGCAGGCACCGGAGUCAGAGGAGAAAACAUGACAGUUUGCUUUGGUGUAACAUUAAAUGUCAGGCUGAGGCCACUGGGCAUGUACAGUGACAGCGCAGAGCUCCUGCUGGUGGAGCUCUUUCUGAGGGGUCUGACUGCCUCUGCUCUCCCUGGCAGAGAAAGUCCUUGAAAGAAAAGUACAUUAAUUAUGAAACUGCUCUUUGUAUUGUGGGUGGAUGUAUUUAUUUUGGGGUUUUUUUCUCUAUAUUUUACGCAAAAUAAAAUCUCUCGUGCUGUCUA